ACGGAUAUACGACUUCUUAGAAAAUUCAAAAUGAAAAUUCUCGUUUUUGUCGCUCUAGUCAGCAUUGCCGGAUGUGUAUCAGCUAAUAGUCUUGCCUGUAAAAGAAAACCGACCGUCCUUGAUGACUGUGCAAAAGGAGAAAUGGUCACGCCGAUGCAAUGUUUGGCAAGAAAAUGUUCAUGGUGCGUUGGUAACGUGGUUAUCAAAUGUGUUAAAGAUACGCCCGACAAUCCAGAGACUAUGAAAGCUUUGCUGUUGGCAAUUAUUUUGUCUCAUCUGAUGUCAAGAUCACAGACUCCCAAAGCAAGUUUAGACGGAUACUACGGCCCCGCAGUAACACUGGAUGAAUAUUCCGGACCUGUAGUUGUAUCAGAUGGAAACUUCGGCCCUUCAGCGACGUUAGAUGGAUACUUUGGUCCUUCAGUGACUUUAGAUGACGGGCCUGCAGUUACGCUAGAUGACGGCCCUGCAGGUACACUGGAUGGAUACUCUGGCCCUUCGGUGACAUUGGACGAUCCAGGAUACUACUCGGGAGCAGUUACUUUAGACGGAGGUAAUGUUCCUCAAGGAGAUGCGAGCUUAAGUCCGCCGAACCCUCAAUUUUUAUCGAACUACCCACAAGGCGAAGCUACAUUGAGUGAUCCCGUUUUUUAUGGAGGUGUCAUUCCACAGGGAGACGAGACUCUAGGUUCAGUAAACAGCCAACACACUCAGGGAUCAAGCAAACCAAUCGAAAACCCAAAGAUAGUUAUUAUGGAUAGUGGAAUGGGACCUAAUAUGCGAGCUUGACCACCCUGGACAAUUGAAGAUAAUGAAUGGCAAGAUUGAAAGAUUAGCAAAUUUAUUGCAUUUUACAGUAUUUCAUUUUCUUCCGAUCAUCAUUACUUAUCAUACCAUAUUUAUUGAUAGAGUUAAUCGUCAACCAUUCUAAUUUAAUUUUUCCAAUUAAUCAUCUUUUUGUCAUAUUUAUAUAUUUCUCAGUUUGAAAAUAACUUUUUUCAACCUAAAGUAUUGUAUUCAAUGAGUGUUUAACUCAUUAAUGGAAAAACAAAUUUUAAUCUCGAUCUAAAGGUGGUGUAAACCAUCGCACAAUCAUACAUACCGUCAAAUAAAUUAACAAACAGAGUAUUUUUAUUAUAGUUCCGAGAUUGGCAAUUCCGAUAAACAUGGGAAAAUGCGCCUUAUCGCAGUUGUGGCAACUGCGGGCGAGCGAUAAAACAGGGCUUAUUGAAAAUAAAAUCGUAUUUUGUAUAGUAUUACAUUCGAAUAAAAAUUCAAAUUCAUCAAACAUGAAAUGAUGAUAAUAACUAAAGUGUGACCAACACUCAAAUAUGCAUAAUGCGAUGAAAUUUUUUUACUGAGAUAGGAUCAUAGUGGUGUAUGACGACCACAACUAAAAUAUGCAGAACAAGAUAUAUAUUUAUUUUCAUUUAGAUUUUUAGUAUAGAUUGAGAGUGCCAUGAAACUAGUGGGUAUUCAUGUAAAUUUACUUAAUUG